GGACACGCCAACCGUCGGAUUCAGUAAGCGAACGGCUCUCAACGGCCACGAACGUGUUUUUCGUUCUUCGGUUCCCGCGCAUGCAUAUAUAUAUAUACACGUAACUGCGAUAUAUAUAUAUAUAUGUGUAACUAUCCGAGACUGACCCGCGAGAAACAACACUCGUCGUCGGGAGUAACGCAGUCGGUGAUCGGCGACGACGUGACGACCAACAGUUAGUCAGAUCGUAUAACAGCAGCAACAACAGCUUAUACAUCCGCGACACAGAUCCGCUUUUUCGAGUAAUCACAAACACUAUCCGUCAAAAUCCAUUCUCCAUCUCCGCGAUCAAAACAAAAAAAAUCAAGAAAAAAAAGUUCUUCCAUCCCGUUCUACAAAAACUCCCCCCCCCCCCGUCAUUUCGGUUUCGGUCCUUCAACUUCGUUCCCGCAACUGUGGCUUCAAUCAAUCAAACUGGAUUCCAACAAGCAGUACGUGUCGCGAUUACUUCGCGGCUACCGGAGGCUUAAGAAAUUAUUCAAGCGUGUGGCGAACCAGGCGCUUACCGUUUCGCCACAGCCGGCAGUAACGGUGGAGGGGCCGGUGUCCAAAAUGUCUCCACCGACGAACGACGUGAACAACGGUGUGGUAGCGUCUCCUAGCACCCUGGCGCCUCGGGUUCCACCGACCACGAACCCGUCCCUCACCAACCCACCGACGCACAAGCGUACCCCGAAGGACUUCAUCUUCGGCAAGGUGAUCGGCGAAGGAAGUUUCUCUACCGUUUACCUUGCCAAGGAUAUCCACACCAACAAGGAGUACGCGAUUAAGGUGUGCGAUAAGAGUCAUAUAAUCAAGCAAAAGAAGACCGAGUACGUGAAACGCGAGAAGGAGGUGCUGAACAUGCUCGCGGACGCCAAACACUCGUUCGUGCGACUGUUCUGCACCUUCCAGGACGCGGAGAGACUAUACUUUGUCAUGUCGUACGCUAAGAACGGCGAGCUCUUGCCUCACAUCAACAAGGUGGGCUCCUUCGACAUCGAAUGUACCAAGUUCUACUCGGCCGAAAUCUUACGCGGUCUCGAGUAUUUGCAUGGGCUCGGUAUCAUUCACCGAGAUCUCAAGCCGGAGAACAUCCUGCUGGACGAGAAGAUGCACGUGCUCAUUACCGACUUUGGCUGCGCCAAGAUCCUCAAGGAUGACCCGGAGAUGCCCGCGGACGCGGACUCUCAACAGCAACAGCGUUUUAGGGAACGCAGCGGCUCCUUCGUCGGUACCGCUCAGUAUGUGUCACCAGAGCUACUGACCAACAAUAGCGUGAGCAGAGCAUCCGAUCUCUGGGCCUUGGGCUGUCUUGUCUACCAAAUGGUCGCUGGCCUGCCGCCUUUCCGUUCGAGGAGCGAGUACGUGAUGUUCCAGAAGAUCCUGAAACUCGAGUAUGAUAUACCGGACGGUUUCUGCGAGUUGGCCAGAUCGUUCGUUAAUCAGUUGCUCGUUUUGGAGCCGACGCAACGAUUGGGCGCUCUGGACGAGCACGGCGCUGGUUAUCCCAGCAUCCGAGCGCAUCCCUUCUUCGAGGGUGUCGACUUCGAAACCCUUCACGAGCAGACACCGCCACCUAUUUAUCCGUAUUUGCCCGGCACGUCGGAACGAGAAGAGUUGAGGUCGCAAUACAGGGUGCCUGAUAAUCUUGAACCCGGUCUGGACCAUAAACAACUCACCAGGCUUCUCUGGCUGAGUACCGAAGAUACCGAUGAUGACAACAGUACUGGCGCAGAGCAACGCGCUGUUAACGCGUUCUUCAACGAGAUAAUCGCAAGCGUGGACAAGCCACUGAGGAGGUGCACUAACAACAGAUCCGACAGCGGCGCUAACAUCGCCAAUCUGACACCGGAACAGAUCAAGAUGCGACUAGAGAAACAGCGCACCACGAAUCAGUGGCACUCUUUCGUCGAGGGUAAUCUUAUACUGAAACAGGGCUUCGUCAAUAAGAGGAAAGGCCUGUUCGCCAGGCGGAGAAUGCUCCUCCUUACCACCGGACCACAUCUGUACUACGUCGAUCCCUUCAAUAAUGUUCUCAAGGGUGAGAUACCCUGGAGUCCAGAACUGAGGGUCGAGCCGAAGAAUUUCAAGAUCUUCUUCGUUCAUACGCCAAACAGGACAUACUAUCUCGAAGAUCCCGAGGGAUUUGCACUGGAAUGGUGCAGAGCAAUCGAGGAGACACGAGUCCACUGUUAUGGCCUGCAGGAAAUGACCACUGCUUAAAAUGAAAACUGGAGAGAUCCAAAAGACAGAACGAA